AUGGAAAUACACUGUAAGCACGACCCGUUUGCAUCCAUGCAUAGACAUGGAGGAGUGAAUCAGCUUGGGGGGGUUUUUGUGAAUGGACGGCCACUCCCGGAUGUAGUCCGCCAAAGGAUAGUGGAACUUGCUCAUCAAGGUGUCAGGCCCUGCGACAUCUCCAGGCAGCUUCGAGUCAGCCAUGGUUGUGUCAGCAAAAUCCUCGGCAGGUAUUAUGAGACGGGGAGCAUCAAGCCUGGGGUAAUUGGAGGAUCCAAACCAAAGGUUGCCACACCCAAAGUGGUGGAAAAAAUCGCUGAGUAUAAACGCCAAAAUCCCACCAUGUUUGCCUGGGAGAUCAGGGACCGGCUGCUGGCGGAACGGGUGUGUGACAAUGACACGGUGCCCAGCGUCAGUUCCAUCAACAGGAUCAUCCGGACAAAAGUACAGCAGCCACCCAACCAGCCGGUCCCAGCUUCCAGUCACAGCAUAGUGUCCACCGGCUCCGUGACGCAGGUGUCCUCAGUGAGCACGGACUCAGCCGGCUCCUCCUACUCCAUUAGCGGCAUCCUGGGCAUCACAUCCCCCAGCGCCGACACCAACAAGCGCAAGAGAGAUGAAGGUAUUCAGGAGUCUCCUGUGCCGAACGGUCACUCACUGCCGGGCAGAGAUUUCCUCCGGAAGCAGAUGCGGGGAGACCUGUUCACGCAGCAGCAGCUGGAGGUGCUGGACCGCGUGUUUGAGAGGCAGCACUACUCGGACAUCUUCACCACCGCAGAGCCCAUCAAGCCCGAGCAGACCGCCGAUUAUUCCACCAUGGCCUCGCUGGCUGGAGGGCUGGACGACAUGAAGGCCAACCUGACCAGCCCUACCCCUGCCGACAUCGGGAGCAGCGUGCCGGGGCCGCAGUCCUACCCCAUUGUGACAGGCCGCGACUUGGCGAGCACGACCCUCCCCGGGUACCCUCCGCAUGUCCCCCCCGCCGGACAGGGCAGCUACUCAGCGCCGACACUGACAGGGAUGGUGCCUGGGAGUGAGUUUUCCGGGAGCCCCUACAGCCACCCUCAAUAUCCCUCGUACAACGACUCCUGGAGGUUCCCCAACCCGGGGCUGCUCGGCUCCCCAUACUAUUACAGCGCCGCUGCCCGAGGAGCCGCCCCGCCCGCAGCUGCCACGGCCUACGACCGUCACUGA